GCCUAUCCUCUGAACGGUGAAGGCAAUGGUCCUGGCACAGCGUCCUGCUUUAGGAGGGAGACUUUUACACCGCACGAAAGCUAGGCGAACACUCGUCGCUGAAAUGAACCAGAGCCCUCCGGCACUCGCCGUGGAUUAAAAAAAAAAAAAAAAACGGAAACUUUUAACGAUGGCUCUGAACGUGAAAAAGUAGCCCGAGAAGCUAACCGCCGCCACCAACGGACCUUCUACUGCAAAGCAACUCCUGGUAGAUGCACGGCCACUGCUGAAAAAAUAUGCUCCAGCCAAGCCGCCUCAACCCCGGCUUCAAAUUCCCCGUGUUUUAACCAGUUUCGUGAGACAUUCGCUGGCCGUUUUUUUUUUGUCAAACAUUUUAUUCUUUUAGUUUCUUUUAACGCUUUUACCUUUAAAGUCCGCUGUACAAGUCCCCGACCCACCUGCGAGAGAGAAUUAUGGCAGGGAAGCUGACAGCAGCGCAAGGCACAGGGAUACUGCUGGUGACAGCCAACGUUGGAUCCCUGUUCGAGGAUCCUGAAAAUCUACAGAAAACAUGGCUGAGGGAGUUUUACCAGACAGUACAGUCACAUAAGCCUCACUUCGUGGCAGUGCACUGUCAAGAGGUCGGUGGGAAAAAUUAUGAGGCGUCCAUGCAUCACGUGGGUACUUUUGUGACAGAGCUGUUGUCCAGUGAUGCCAUGAAGGAGUACAGCAGAGUCCGUGUCUACCUCGAUGAGAACUACAAAUCCCAGGAGCAUUUCACAGCUCUUGGAAGUUUCUACUUUAUCCACGAGUCUUUGAAAAACAUCCACCAGUUUGAUUUCAAAGCUAAGAAAUAUAAGAAGGUGGUUGGGAAGGAAACCUGCUCAGAGACACUAGAAAGCACACCUUCGCUGGAGAAGGAGAAGUUUCCACAGGACUACUUCCCUGAGUGCAAGUGGUCCAGAAAGGGAUUCAUCAGAACUCGAUGGGCCCUGGCUGACUGUGCCUUUGAUCUGGUCAACAUCCACCUUUUCCACGAUGCUUCCAACCUUGUGGCCUGGGAGAAAAGCCCCUCGGUCUACUCUGGGACCAGGCAGAAGGCCCUGGGAUACGUUUUAGACAGGAUCACGGACCAGCGGUAUGAGAAGUUGCCAUAUUUUGUGUUUGGGGACUUUAACUUCAGGUUGGACUCGAAGCAAGUUAUUGAGAGUCUCUGCUCUACUGCCACCAUGCAGACAGUCAGAGCUGCCGACACCAACGAAGUUGACAAGCUAAUAUUCCGAGAAAGUGACAAUGACCGAAAGGUUGUUCUUCAACUUGAAAAGAAGCUUUUUAAUUAUGUCAACCAGGACGUUUUCCGGGAAAACAAUGGGACCUCACUUUUAGAGUUUGACAAAGAGCUGUCGGUGUUCAAGGAUCGGCUGCAUGAACUGGAGAUCUCUUUCCCACCCAGUUACCCGUACAGUGAAGACAGCAGUCAGGGGAAGGAGUACAUGAACACCAGAUGCCCUGCCUGGUGUGACCGAAUCCUCAUGUCUCCCUCUGCCAGAGACCUGGUCUUAAAGCCUGAAAAUGAGGAGAAGUCUAUAGUCUAUGAUAACAUUGGGCCCAAUGUCUGCAUGGGGGACCACAAGCCUGUCUUCCUGUCCUUCCGAAUAACAGCGGGGGCAGGUAAACCUAAUGCAAAUAAGCACAAGUGUUGUGUGGUGCAGUGAUGUCGUGGGAAGUCUUGCCAAAGGGGGGAGAACAUAUUCCGUGAAGCGCCUCUGUGAGAACACAAGAGAAACAAACACCACACACACACCACAGACACACACCACACACACACACACACACACACACACACUUUGCACAAGCGUACACUGAAGACAAACUUUUUCAGUAGUGCUGACCAGUUGCAGUUGUCCGGACACCUCAUCCAUAUGAAAACCCGGCCGUUUUCUCUCCAUAAAACACUUGUUGAGAUGUGGACGAGCACCCGAGGGCCCGGCUCCAGACAAGACACACAUCGCUGACCUCACCGUUGCCAUGCAACCCCAUUCCCCAGAGAAGAAGAAGAAGAACAAAAAAAAAAAAAACAGGACGGACGGACGGACAGACGGAGGGACGACUCUUUUCCAUGCCACAGCCUCAUUGCCAAAACUCUAAUUGAAAUCAGUCCUACUACAUCCUUUUAGACACCGUACUUGCCAUUUUUAGGUAUGCCUCUAUGUAUAGAAGCUACUUUCCAUACAGUAUGUAAGGUGUUUUAAAAAAAGAAAAGUGCAAUGCAAAAAAAGUUGUAUAUCUAUAUUGUUAGGUUUAUUUGUACAUUGGACAGUAUAACAUAGAGUUGUUGAUGGUUUUAGUGCCGUUCUCUUUUCUGACCAAACUUUGUGGUCCCUUUGUUGGAAUAGAUAGAAACUUCUGAGUUUAUUUCAACAAUUUAUAUAUAUAUAUAUAUAUAAAAAUAUAUAUAUUAUUAUUUUUUUCUUUUUUUUUCGUUUGUUUCAUUUUGUUUUUGAGUUGUUGUUGUUGUUGUUGUGUGCACAACACACGGCCGCCAUGCCUGACACAUCAGUUGAGUCUCAUUUUAUAUACUGUACUUUUUAAAGAGAUAAUUUAUAAUUCUUACCAAAAUGUUUAUGCUGAAGUGUGUUGCGGACACGGAGCGGCUGGGUUGGUGUUCCUGCAGCCACAGUGACCUUUGAAUAAGAAGAGAGAGAGAGAGAGCAGAGAAGCUGUUCAGUGAUUUAUUGCCUAUCCAAGAAUGUUUUAAGCAGUGCCAUAGACCAUGCAAGUAUAUAAGAUAAUGUUUCCUAUAUAGCACUCUCACAUUAUGUCAUUAUUAUUCUUACUCUAACUUAUUUCUAUAAUAUUAUGGUUCUGAAUGUGAUAUUUUAGAUAGGCUUGGGUGUCCUUAAAAUGUAAACUGUUUUCUUUUUAUUUUGUUUUUUUUUGUUGUUGUCUAUUUUUGUUACUGCAUUAUGGUGCCAAGUAUCCUACACAGACAUGAAGUGUGUAAGAGUCUAAAAAUACUUAAGUCAGAUGGUAAAAGGUGUUGAUUUUGAAAUGUUUAGGGAAAAAAAACAGAGAAACUCUAAGGGCGGGGACAGAGCAGGGAGUUUUUAUUUGUUCUCUAUGUAGCCUUCAGCAGCCUUCAUUGCAAAGAAUUGGAGCAUUAAUGCGUUUCUUUUUUUCCAUCGAUUUCAUUUAGAACACUACAGGUUUCACAGCGUGAGGCCGCCACACUGAUCCUCCCUGACCUUUUUUUUUUUUCAUCUAAAUCACCGCAAGUGGAAAUGAUUUUGUGCCUGCUGCAGAAUUUUAUGUCGUCUUGUGUGAUUUGGUUCGUAGGCAAAAAAAAGUUCCAAAAAAAAAUCAACAAAAAAAAGCAAAAAGAGAAGCCCUGCUUGUUUUUGUUCCCGCUGCUCGUUGUGAGUAUACUGUAGGAGUAUAAGCCGCAGUUUUUAUCUUCACUCCAUCUUAUAAAAGCAGAUAGAGAUUUUAUUCUAGCCCCUUCUGGACGGCCUGGCCUCUACUGUAGGUGAUGCAGUUCUCAAGCAAUAAAAACCAUUAGAGCUCAA